CGACUAUCGAGUUGCCGUUCUGCAACUCGAAGCCGUUAAAUUUUGUCGACUUUAGUUUAUAAUUGUGAAUAAAAAAUUUGUCAGCCUUGCAACGAGAUGCCGGCUCUGGGGAUAGCAACCUUUUGCGCCAUCGCCGCUACGAUUCAUUUCGCCACUUUUGGUCAAGCAUCGCUCCUGAAUCAAGCAGUUUUUCCUGACGAUGAAAAAAUACCAACUUUCUUUGCUAGAGGCGAUGUUGAUAAUUCAGAAGAAGAAUCGAAUAUCUCGACGGAGAAUCAUGAAGUCUGCCGAACUGACGGAUGCAGAACAAUUGCCGAAGAAUUUCUCAGCAGCAUCAACAAGUCGGUCGACCCUUGCAACAAUUUUUACGAUUACGUGUGCGGUGGAUGGACCACUGAAAAUGCGAUCCCUCCCAGCUUACCGUCGUGGAGUCGUUUCAUGAUGUUCCAAAAGGUCGUUCAUUAUCGCAUCAAAGGAGUCUUGGAAACCGUGAUCGAACCCAGUGACAUUUUGCCAGUGAAACAAGCCAAAAAAUGGUAUCGAUCUUGCAUGGACACAGAAACUCUUCAAGAAAGAAAAUUGAAACCGAUAGAAUCAGUUUUAAUCGAAACCGGUGGUUGGCCCAUAACAAUGGACGAGGAAGAAUGGGACGGUAACGAACAUGCCUGGCAGAAAGUCGCAGAUGAUUAUACUCGCUUGACAGGUUCCCAUGUUUUUUAUCAAAUUGAAGCAAUGGGUCCGCACACAGAGGCGGAUCAUGGUAUUAUAACGAUCCGUCCUCAGGAGCUUCCGCUUAGCGAACACAUGCCUCUGAAGUACAGAAAUUACUCUGGCAACGAUUACGAAUAUUAUUUACAUUUUGUCAGCGAAGUUGCUCGGAUCUUCAUUGAAGACAGUCGCGCUAAUGUCUCGGAGGAGAAACGGUUAAGCGAUGCUAAAGAAAUUGUCGAAUUUGAGAAAAGUGUUUAUGAGCUUAAAAAAGACAGACACUUUGGCAAAAUGACUCUGCAGGAGUUCGACGAAUGGUACAACAAAAGUAUGGCGGAAUCAGGAGUUCAAGCUCAAGGGAAAUUCGAUUGGCAGCCUUGGAUCCAGAAACAGUUCGACACUGUGAACCUGAGGGUUCAUCCAUCAACGGAUCUUCGUUUCGAUUCAUUGAAACACAUAAAGGGAAUGAGUGAACUUUUAGAAAAAACUCCAAUGAGAAUAAUCGUGAACUACAUACAUUGGCACUUCGUUGCAAAUAUGUUGGCCUACACAACCGAAGAUGCAAGGAUCAUUCUGUACAGACUCCUAAUGGAGGAAUAUGGGAUCAGAGAAAGGCCUCCACGUUGGUCCGAGUGCGUCGACGAAAUGAAAAUGGUGCACGCCUCUGCAUACGCUUUCGUCAAUAAAUAUUUCUUGGAGCACACAGUAAAAGAGGUGUCGAAAAUGACGGAAGCUAUACGAAAAGCGAUGAACGAACAAAUCGAGGCCUCAACAUGGCUUGACGAAGAAUCCAAAGUAUUGUCCAAAGAUAAACUCAACAGCAUGAAAAUUUUCAUCGGUUUCCCUGAUUGGUACAAGAACAAAACAUUCGUUACAAAGUUUUACAAGGGGUUGACAAUUGGAAACGAAUACUUUGGCAACACUUUGAGUUACAUGAAGUACGAAAGAAAAAUGGCUUUAAAACGUUACACAAUUCCUCCCGGUGUCGACGAAGACUCAUGGUUCCUCGAUCCCAUAACGGUCAACGCUCUGUAUGGUCCGGAUGACAAUACACUGAAUAUUCCAGCUGCGGAUUUUCAAGCUCCUCUUUUCACACCAGGUGUCCCGGACAACGUGAACUAUGGAGUGGCAGGUGUCGUAGUUGGUCACGAAAUCGGUCAUGGAUUCGAUGAUUUGAGUAUAAUGUACGGUAAAGACGGAAAUAAAACGAAGCUUUCGAAAUCAAUGCUGAUGAACUUCUACCAAAGAGCAGAGUGUUUCCUCGACCAAUUCGACGAAUAUUAUGGAGAAACAAAACCACCAGAAUUAUUCGGUACUACCAUAGAUCCUGAAAUGAUGUUGUUCGUUCAGCGAUUCCUUGAUCGAAGAAAGUCCCGGUUUACAAGGGGAGAAAAUAUGGCUGAUUCGACUGGUAUCCAAGCGGUAUUUGAAGCGUAUAAGAAGCUUGCGAAGCCAAGCGUAGGUGUACGGCUCGAAGGAAUGGAGGAUUUUACGGACGACCAACUUUUCUUCGUUUCUUUUGCUGCUAUGUGGUGCGAAAUAGGAACCCCUCAGUACAUGAAGAAAAAAGCAGAGGAGAAGAACGUGCACAGCCCUCCCAAAUACAGGGUCCUUGGUGGUGUUUCCAACUCGAAAGGCUUCGCCGAAGCGUUCAAUUGUCCUGUGGGUAGCCCGAUGAAUCCUGCAGACAAAUGCAGUGUUUGGGGAAAAGAGGAGGAAAAAGUUGACAUGGAACUCGCAUGGAUGAAGGGAAGACCCAAUCGCUGGGGCGGACAAUGGCGUUGGUGAUAGUCACCAUCGUACACCGCAUUAAUUAUAUACGGUUCUGAUGAACGGUUUCACUAGCAUCAAUCUAUUUCAAGAUAUUUCACAAAUGAUUAAUAAACACUUACGUACUAAUGAUGAA